CUCUUUUCUUCCCUCAACCGUCGUCUUCUUUCUCUGCGGCCAAAUUCCGUCUCUUGAUACUGCAACUGGUUUCACUUCCGGCGAGCUACGGCGGAAAGCUGUCGAGAAGUUCUCUCCUGUCCUGUCCCAUACUUUCCGGAGUUAGAAACUAAAGAAGCAAGAUUCUCAAUUUUCCUGAAGUACAUCGGAAACAACUCGGUGUAUAUCGAAGAUAUUAAGAAACACUUCGAAGUGGAAGAAUUAAUAUUGAGGAGCUUCUUCCUGAAAUCAAUUUUCUAGUUGAAUACUUGUCUAAGUUCAACACUUUCUUGGUUGGAGUUUCGAAGUUUUUGUUUUGCCGGAAAAUGGGUUCUUCCAAUAUUAGAGAUAUCUUGACAUCUUUUAGUCCUUCUCUGGAUUAUUUAGCUAUCAGUUCCGGAGACGGUCGUAUUAAGAUAUGGGACACUCUGAAGGGUCAAAUCCAAACUGAAUUUGCAGACAUGGUGUCAAGUGAAGCAACAGGUAUAUAUACCAAACCAGAAAGAGGGCAUCUUUCAGUUGAUUACAAAUGCAUGAAGUGGUUGUCUUUGGACAAGAAGAAGAAAAGAAAGCUUGGAACUUCGCUCCUAGUUUUAGGUACCGGUGGUGGUGAUGUUUUAGCACUUGACGUGGCUGCUGGUCAGUUGAAGUGGAGAGUUGUUGAUUGUCAUCCAGGAGGCGUGAGUGCCAUUGCAUUUUCUGCAAAUGGUUUAUGCAUCUACAGUGCAGGUGCUGAUGGGAUGGUAUGUGAAAUUGAUUCGCUGACUGGCAACGUAUUAGGAAAGUUCAAAGCUUCUACAAAGGCAAUAUCUUGCAUGGCUGUUUCACCAGAUGGAAAGAUGUUAGCAACUGCAGCUGCACAGUUGAAAACUUUUGAUUGUUCCAACCAUAAAAAGAAACAGAAGUUUUCUGGUCAUCCUGGAGCUGUUCGUUGUAUGACAUUCACUGAAGAUGGGAAGUUUAUCCUCUCAUCUGCUGUUGGUGAAAGAUACAUCGCUUUAUGGAGAACAGAUGGGAGCAAAAAGCAGUCAGCUAGCUGUGUUCUUGCAAUGGAGCACCCUGCUGUUUUUGUAGAUAGUAGAUGUGUUGAAAAUGGGGAUCUGUAUGUUUUUGCCAUUUCUGAAACUGGCGUGUGUUAUUUUUGGUAUUGUCAAGAUAUUGAGGAAUUACGCAAUGCCAAGCCUACAAAAGUUUCAUUAGCUUUGGAAGGCCAUUUCUCAAAAGGUCCUAGAGGAGGUUCACCUACAAUAUUUGCUGCAAAAUUACAAGGCAUUGCCAAGCCUGCAUCCAUUCAUACAUUUAUUGCCUAUGGUUUGCUGGUAAAGCCAGCAUUUCAAAAAAUUAUAAUGCAUUAUGGCAAAGACAUAAUGUUGAAUAGCUCCCAGGAUGGGGUCCUUCUACCAACAAGUCAGUCCCUCAUGAAAUCUAAGAAAGGGGUGGAUGUACAAAAUAGAGUUACUGCAUUGGACCGUGCUAAUGCAGAGGAUGCGUUAAUUCCUAUUCCAUUGAUUUCUGAUCUUCAGGACAAGAAGGAUAGAUAUCAAAACUUGAGCAUCGAUACUGAUGAAGUUAUGGAUGAUUUUGUUGGAAACCUGGAUCAAUCCAAGUCAGUGGAUGGUGAAGAAGACAUGCUAGAAGUAGAUGACAGUUCAAAAACACUUUGCAUGGAGGAGAGGCUAAGAUCAUUAGGGAUACUUGACGAUCUCACAUCCACACUUGAUUCUACAAUGUUUCAUGGUAUUCAGCUUGAAGCUAAUGUGCCACAGAAGAAGAUGAAAGCGGCAGUUUUAUCUAUGGCACCUACUGAUGCUCACAAGUUGCUGGAAAACUUGGUCGCAUUGUGGCAAUCUAGGUCAAGCAGUGGAAAGUUUGCUCUUCCGUGGAUAUACUGUAUAUUGGUGAAUCACAGUCAUCAUGUCAUGUCUCAAGAACCUCUAACACCAAUGCUUAACUCCUUGUUGAAGAUUACCAAGUCCAGAAGGGUGGCUAUUCAAUCUUUGCUACAGUUAUCAGGGCGCCUGCAACUUGCAACAGCACAGAUUGACAAGGCAACCCAGAACAAAAAUCGCCCCUCAGAACCUCACCAAAUGGAUGAAAGUGAAGAAGAUAAUGAUGAUGAUGAUAGUGCAGAUGAACAUUUGUAUGGAGAAGAAGAUGAUGAAUCUCAAAUAAGUAGUGAUGAUGAUAACUAAAUGAAUUUGAUGUGAGAGGUAAUAGUGUGUUAUAAUCUCAGAGUUUUGCUUGACACUUGAUGUUUAAUCCUAGAGUUUCUCUCUGUGUGUGUGCCGGGGGGACAAGGCCACACUAUUGAUCUUUACUGUAUCUUUUACUGCUUGAUUCAACUGUUUUGUGACAAAGUUUUAUAGGUUUAGUUCCUGCCUUCUGUCUUGUUUCCCUAUCAGAGGUCAGGAUGUUGCAUAAUUAUGCCUUUCCAAGUUGUUUGAAGGAAAAGGGGCUUAGUCAUGGGGAAGAAAUUUUGGUUUUCAUCAAGCUUCUGAUUAAUGUGAAGGUGCUAAUUGUUACAAGGAGCAAGAUUUUUGUAUUGUUUUUUCUUCUGAUAAUUAUUUCUGACUAAAAAACAGCUGUGUGAUUU